AUGGAUUUGAAAAUUUUUACUAUUGUUUUAAUUCAUUUUGCUUUACAAUCUCACGAAAAUUUUUUGUUUUCUGUUCCAUUUAAUGAACAUAUUAACAGUCACUCAAUUAGAUAUGAAUAUCGAGGAAAAAUAUUUAAAAAUUUAAAAUAUUUAAUACGGAAAGCUUCGAUAGACUUUCCAGAAGUACCAUAUAAAAAUAUAUUAUUAAGAAAAGAAAUUAUAACUCAUGAAUUCACAGCAAAUAAUAUUCUUACAAAUAGCAUAUAUUUUAAAGCACAUAGAAAUGGUAAAACUAAACAUAUAAUUUUUCCAAAAAAUGAAAUUGUGAUAGAUUUUGUCCCUUAUCAUGGAAGAAAAUAUUUUAUUUGUAAUAGAAGCUACUUUGGAACAUAUAAAGAAGCUAAAAUAUAUUGUGAAAUGUUACAAGAAUUUGACCCAUUUAAAUACCAUCAAAGACUUUUAGGAAGUGAUCUUUUUGCUUCAAGAGUUUGGAAAAGUGUAUGGAAAGAUUGUUAUUAUAAAUGCUUUUCACAAUCACACUUUAUGGAACUUAGAAAAAGAAUAUUUAACGAAUUAUGUAUGUUAAGAAAUAUAAACAAUGUAUUCCCAAUCACAUACAAUAAAACUUUGGAAUUUAUUGCGCAACAUAAUGCCUUAAGGAAUGUUAAUAAAAACAAACUUUUUGUAGAAGGUACUGAAAGUAGUGGCAUACAUGUAGUUGCUGCUUUUAGUAGUCCAUUACUUGCUAGUUUACAAGUUAAUAAAUGGUAUAAUUUAUAUUUAGAGGAAAAAAAUGAUAAUAAUAGAGAAAGUAAAAAAGAAUCAAAACAAUUUCAUUUAUUAAUUUCUCCAAGUAUCAGUGAAGUUGGAAUUGGAGUUGGAGUUUCUAUGCAUAGAAGCAAAUUAUCUAUUGUAUUAACAUUUAAGUAG